AACUACAUCAGAAAAAUGGUACGGAAGUGAAGUAACUAAAGGUCAGAGUUUAUUUGGUGUCAACACAUGUGCGUCCGCCGCAGCCAUGCGUUUUGGGGUAGAACACUUUUAAUUUGAGCAGUUUGUGGUUAUUUGUAAACCUUGAAAAUGCCUAGAGACGUAUCAUCUUCAUCAAGUGAAGAUGAAGAGGACAAUAAUACGACAGAAUCACGUGUAAAGCAAAAAGAAACCGACAAGAAGUACCAGUGUCCUGCUGACUUUGUGUCUUUCUGCCAUAAGCCCUGCAGCAGCACUCUUACAGAGAGUCUGAAGAACAACAACAAUGAGUUAUGGCUCAUUAAAGCUCCUGCCAGCUUUAACCCAGAAUGUUUCAGUGGCAUCAAGGUGCCCCUCUCAGGUCUCCAGACCCUGAAGGUUCCUACCGCUGCAGGUGGAGCCAAGACUGGGAGUGGCCAGCAGAUCUACAGCAUCCUGGCGUCCACCGACGGUACCUCAGAGCUCCGCCUGCUCACCAGUAACAAGCAUUCAUCAGAUAGCGUGGUUUUCGGCCCCACUUUUUCUGGCCAGCUAAAUGUGUGUGAGAGCUAUGGAGACAUCAGCGCCAACCAGGCCCCUCAGGUCAUCCCUGCAGCUCCAGCACCCUCCAUACCAUCGGGGUUAAAACAGCGAUUCCACCCUUUUGGCAGUAAGACCCCUACGCUGACCUGCGUGGCAGAGAGUGAGGCGGAUGGAGACGCUUUCGGGCCCUCGUCUGCAACCCUCCAACCUCUAGUAGUCAAACGAUUCGUAGAAGAAACAUGGCAGGAGGAAGAUGAGGAAGGGAGGAAAAAGAAGAAAAAGAAAAGAAAAGAAAAGCGAAUAAAGACAGAGGGUGUAGAAGAGGCAGAGGAGGUUUUGAGAGUAAAACGGGAACCUGUAACUGAAAUUCAGGACAAAGUGAUGAUGGAGCUCCCUGUCCAGGAGGGUCAUGUUUUGCAGGAGAAGAGGAAAAAGAAGAAGAAGAAGGACAGGGAGAGACAAGAGGUGGAGGAGGGCUUGGAGCCCAGUGUGAGUGUGAAGGUGGAAGUGAAAUGUGAACCAAUAAACACUUCGUAUGGUGAUGUAGUGGAGGGCUCUGGAAAGAAGAAAAAAAAGAAGAAGAAAAACAAAACUGAUGACGACUAGUGUGUCGUUACUUUGUUGUUAAUGUUUAGUUAUGUUUAUUUCUUAACCUUAUGAACUAGUCUGGCAGCCAUUACUACUAAUUUGCUCCAGCAUAUGGAUGUAUUUCAUAAUGCAAGUCUUGCUUUGGCAGAACAUUGCAUUCAGAUAAAAUUACUCAUCCUGACUCAAUUGAACAGUGACAUAAAUUGUAAAAUAGAUUCAUGAUCUUUAAGGCCAAUAUUCCUCUCAUUUUGAGCUCAGAAAGUGAUAUGUUCUACACACAAAGAAUGUGUCUAUGAGUACAUGGGUAAUGCGAGGUUACAUGGGGGAACUUCUGUGUGUUCUGCCAGUGUCUGUCAAGAUGUGGUAGUUUUUAUGGGAUUGUGCUCACAACCAGGCUGAUGGUGUUGCUGUUUUGGCAGCAUGUUCCUGAAAACCAGAGCUGCUAUGAAGACAGAAUAAUGAUUCGCUGUCACGUCAUGAUAGUUAUUUGUUUUUAAAGGAUUUGAGUCACAUGUAUUGGACAACACGUUUCAAAAUAAACUAAAGAAAAACAAAAUGAAAAAAA